AUGAUUCCAGAAAUACUGAUCGAUAAGGUGCUAGAUAAAGCGCGAGAGACUGCGUCGCAUAGCUGGGAAUAUGGAACGGUGUUCGAAGCAAUCCUCGAAUACAGAAGUUCUCAGUUUACCGUUUUCCAUGACCCAUUUCCAGGCGGUGAGAUACCAGUGUUGAGGGUCGAGGAUGUAGAAGCACUGCAAUAUGUGAAACCAUUCAUACGGACCAACAGUCAGAGACUGUGUGAAGGAAAUGGCUCAUCGUCCGAUCCGACAUCCCUCUGCAUCCCAGCUCUCCUCCUUUCCAGAUCAGCAACCCUCGCCGUGUCUGAUAACCUAUAUCUCUCCGCAGUAAGCCGUCAACUGCACGACCUGCUUUCGACUACGCCUAGAUUCUCCAAUGAUGCGGUAUCACACCGCGAUGCGUACCCUUCCUUGUGGGCCGACUUUAUCUAUAUGGUGCCGCCGGCCCUUGCCUAUAAUGGUACGUUUACGGCGGAUAUAGACAUGGUGAAGGAGAGUGUCCGGCAAUGUGAGCUAUACCACGAAGUUCUCGGUACGCGAAAGGGAUACUGGCAACACAUAGCCAAUGAUGCGGGUGCAUGCAAUGUGAAGAGUGACGAUGGUGCAUGGUGUACAAGUAAUGCCUGGGCCGCAGCUGGAAUGGCAAGGGUACUGGCCACCUUACGGAAAUCUCGAUAUGUGUCUGGAACCGAGGAAGAGCAGAAUGCCUUACUGCAGAUGACCAAAGGCAUUCUCGAUGGCGCCAUGGAAGCUGAUACCGAUACAGUGGGCUUGCUGCGCAACUAUCUCGAUGAUGAGACCUGGUUCGCAGAGGUCGCUGGCACAGCGUUGAUGGCUGCUACAGCUUUUAGAAUGGCCGUCCUCGAGCCUAGCCUUUUCGGAAAGCGAUAUACGGAUUGGGCAAUAACGAAGCUAGAAGCUGUUAGCCGUCAUAUAGACGAAGAGACUGGUAUUGUAGCACCGGUUGUCAAUUCUCUCAAUGAAGGUCAGAGGACGCCACUGGAAGGCGUCAACCCUGAGGGACAGGCUUUCGUCGUGUUACUGUCGAUUGCCCUGAAUGAAAGUGCUUUGGGUAGCCAGAGUAUCGACACGUUUGCCUUGCAGUCCGUCUCCUACAUCGAUAUGCCGUCCUCCAACAUCCCCGUGAUCAUCGGCGUUGGCGACAUCAAGAACCGCUCAACUGCCGUCACGGACGCGAAAGAGCCCGCAACAUUGAUGCUUGAAGCCAUUCAAAAGGCCAUCAGCGACACUUCGUCUACUUCGAAUACCGAUCUCCAGUCAGCGAUCGACAGCGUCGAUGUCGUCAAGACAUGGACUUGGCCAUACCCGGACUUGCCCGGGCUUCUGGCAGAGAAGCUGGGGAUUGAACAGAAACUAAAGUGGAAAAGAUAUUCUGAGCAUGGAGGUGAUAAGCCAGGGAAGCUCCUCGACGAAGCGGCGAAACGGAUUGCGAAAGGCGAAUGUAAAGUUGCGAUUGUAACUGGGGGUGAGGCGUUAGCUUCGUUAUCAGCAUGCGCAGCUGCAAAGAAGCUUCCUCCGCCAGGCUGGACAGCGCCGUCUGAAGCCGUAGAUUCGGUCUUCACUCCAACAGGCCGCGACCUAGGAAAUAGUGCAGUGUCCUCUCUUUGGCAAACACUCUCCUCUACUGACUCUUGCGAAGACCUUGGCGCUAUUCAUAGGAUUGGUGCACCAAUACAUGUUUAUCCACUUUACGAGAACGCAUUCCGUGCGCAUCGCGGCCAGACACCAAAGGCAAACCACCAAGAGAGCGCAAAGUUGUAUGCCGAGUUUUCCGAAGUUGCGAAGAAUAAUGAAUAUGCAUGGAAUUACGGAAGUUCAAAUAGUGAAGAAGAGAUUGGGACGGUUGGGAAAAGGAACAGAAUGAUAUGUCAUCCUUAUCCCCUGCUUAUGAAUGCUUUCAACACGGUCAACCUCGCCUCUGCCAUUAUUCUUACUUCAACUUCUUUCGCCAAAGAACUAGGGGUAUCAGAGUCAAAAUGGAUAUAUCCACUUGGUGGCGCAGGAACGAAGGAUGCGGACGAAUUCUGGAAAAGACCGAACUUCUACUGCUCGCCUAGCAUUGCGCGUUCUAUUGAUGCGAGCUUGAAGGUUUCUGGCGUAAACAAGGAAGAGAUGGAUAUCGUUGACAUCUACUCGUGUUUUCCGAUCGUUCCUAAAAUUGCCGCGCAGCAUCUAGGGCUACCUGUUGUUGGUGGUGACAAACCAUUGACGAUACUUGGCGGUCUGACGUCGUUUGGUGGGGCUGGCAACAACUAUUCAAUGCACGCGCUCACUGAGAUGACAAGACAGCUGAGAGGCGGCAAAGGUCGGAGAGGACUGGUGCUCUGCAAUGGCGGUGUUCUGAGCUAUCAGUACGUCGUGAUCUUAUCGAAAGAGCCUAGGAAAGAAGGAGCUUAUCCCACAGAGAACCCACUUCCACCACAGAUCACCGAUGUUCCUGCGCCGGAGCUUGCUUCCAAUCCAGAGGGUGAGGCUGUUGUCGAGACAUAUACUGUAGAGUUCAAUCGCGACGGCAGUCCGCUUCGAGGCCACAUUAUCGGUCGCCUGAAGAACGAUAACAGGCGCUUCCUGGCGAAUCAUGGAGAUAACACCACAAUGCUACAAAUGUCUAGUGGGGCAGGAGAAGUUAUUGGUAAAAGUGGAUGGGUUUGGCAAGAUCCGGAAAAGAAAGGAAGGUCGCUCUUUGCAUUCGCAAAACCAGCAAAGCUGUAA